AUGGACAGGGUAUCAUGUUCGGUUACUUGGAUAAAUACCGAUUGGGAAGCGCAGAUGCUUUACACCAUGAGUGUGACGGGCAAAUGGAUCCCGCUGUCUGGCAUGAUGAAGGACUGUUCGUCAACGAAAGCACAGAUCGGAGAGGAUUUUGUUCUCGAGUUCGCUAAGUCUAUCCUCUACUGGAAAAAGUGGGAAGAACACAAAAAUUUAGAGAUGGAGGUGUCGUGGACGAAAUUACCCGGUGAAGAGGGAUAUAACGACGGUCACAAGGCGUGGCAAGACUUGUACGGAUUGCCUGAGGAUUGUAAAAAUAUGACAGACGAGCAAAUCACGGAGGCAAAGAGGGGCUCCAGAUAG